AGUUGUUAUCUCAGAUUACAGAGCCUUUUAAUCAUUUAUGUUCACUAGUUUGAUUGAAAAUGUCUUCUUUUACUAUGUUUUCAGGGAUGCAGGCCAACUCCAAUGGAGAUUGGAGGUACUUCAGCCAACAUUACGCCAAGUUCUUCACGAAAUCCAAGUCCUCCCUCUUCAUACUUUGCUAGCCCUAUUCCAUCUUAUCAACCUAGUCCAACAUCCUCGUCUUUCCCCAGUCCAUCACGUGGUGAUGCUAACAUGUCGUCACAUCCAUUUGCAUUUCUCCAUAGUUCCAUUCCUUUGUCGCUACCACCAUUACGAAUAUCAAACAGUGCCCCUGUAACACCACCUCUUUCAUCACCAACUAGAGUCCCUAAGCAGAUAUUUAAUCUUGAAACUUUGGCCAGAGAGUCUAUGUCUGCUUUAAAUAUCCCUUUCUUUGCUGCUUCAGCCCCAACUAGCCCAACUCGAGGUCAGCGAUUCACUCCUGCUACAAUACCAGAGUGUGAUGAGUCUGAUUCAUCCACCAUUGAUUCUGGCCAGUGGAUGAGCUUUCAAAAGUAUGCAGCCAAUGGGAUCCCUACUUCUCCAACUUUUAAUCUUAUUAAGCCUGUAGCUCAGAGAAUUCCUUCUAAUGAUAUGAUCAUCGACAAGGGUAAGAGUAUUGAGUUUGACUUUGAGAAUGUAUCAGUGAAGGCAGCAUGGGAAGGAGAAAAGAUUCACGAGGUUGGUUUAGAUGAUCUGGAGCUCACUCUCGGAAGUGGGACUGCUCGGAUGUGAUUUUCAUGAUUAAAGAACUGCUCAGUGUGGAUUACAGAUUGAGAUUAUCCGAGCUUGCUAGCUGAUGAAUCACUCAAGCAGUCCAGUGGAUGUUCGUUACAGAGAUAGAUCUUGCAUGUUGCUGUUUACCUUAUAUACAAACAUUUUUUUUCCUUUUCGCCUUAAUCUGAGAAGGCCCUUUAAGUUUAGUUUGGGUCUUGUCAUAAGCAUUUAGGUAUAGAUAGUUGAUGGUUUCUAUCUCCUUGUGGUUGAGAAUUGUUUUAAGUCAUUGUAGACUAGCAGGAGUUCUCCAUAAACCUGAACUAUCCAGAGUUAUAUUUUUCUUGAUUAUGGUAGAUCCCUUGGUUGCUAUGCAACUGGAUUUCUUGUUUUAUGAUCUAGCUUCAAUUCGAAAUCAAUGGAUGUGCUAUUCUUUA